AUGCUCUCCUCUUCCUUGCAUAAGUGUCUUUUGGCACUCGCCACACUUCCAGCAUGUCUGGCUGCAACAAACCCUUUGCAUUGCCCUCCAUUGGGUGCCGUCCUACCUGCGCCGCACACUCCCAGUACCAAUGAUAAGGUCAAGCAAGCUGUGCAGGGCUUGGACCAGGCCAUGGGCAAGCUAACAGCAUCCCUCAACUUCUCGGCCAUGUCCAUCAGCGUUAAGUCAGUCCACGAGAAGGUGAACCUUUUCUCUAAGAGCUACACGCCGCCAACCGUCGACGCCAGAAGUGCAACCAAGAUCGACUCUGACACUGUCUUUCGCGUGGGCAGCGUUUCGAAGUUGUUCACUAUGCUCGGCGUUUUGAAACUUCCUGGCAUCGACUUGAACGACCCCGUCACGAAGUUUGUGCCUGAGCUGAAAGAAGUACAAGAGAUGGCCGAGGCAGAUGGCUUGUCACAAUUUAGAUGGGAUGAUGUCACACUCGGGGCUUUGGCAUCCCAUCUUUCGGGCAUGGGAUCUGACUUUGCUACUGACCUGAGCAACUUUCCCCAGCCAUGGCAAAAGCUAGGUCUGCCAGCCGCAAACCAGUCUCUGAUGAUCGAGUGCGCCGGUUUGCUUGGCCUGAGGCCUUGCAACAAGACCGACUUUUUCAAGAGCUUUGGGCACCACCCCCCAGUCGCUGCGCCCUUCACCAAUCCGGCCUACUCGAAUGUCGCCUACUCUUUGCUCGCCUUCGUCAUCGAGAAUGUUUCAAACAUGUCCUACGAUGCGUACAUGCAUAAGGAGGUACUCGACCCGCUGAGCCUGAAGCAUACCUCUACUGGCGGCAAGCCCCCCGUCAACGACUCGCAAGGCUUCAUCCCGAAGGGCGAUAUCUGGUGGGGUGCUACCCUCGGCUUUGAGGAUCCGGCCGGCUCCUACUACUCCAGCGCCAACGACCUCCUCACUCUCGCCGAGGCCCUCUUGACCAACAAGCUCCUCACCCCAGUGCAGAUGCACAAAUGGAUGAAGCCCCUGACAUCGACCUCCUCCACCGGCACUCAGCUCGGCGCCGUGUGGGAAAUUUACCGCUCCGACAAUCUCACUUCGGACCAGCGCUUCAUUGAAGUGUACACCAAAUCCGGCGACCUGGGCAGCUACCACGCGCAGAUCGUCCUCAUUCCGGACUACGAUCUCGUCUUCAGCAUCACCCUGGGCGGCAACGAGACCUCGGGCGGCAUGGCGCAGGAGAUCCUCUCGGCCAUCACCACCACUCUCCUCCCCGCGCUCGAGACGGCCGGCAAGGAUGAAGCGGCCAAGACCUUUGCCGGGACGUACAGCGACAACUCGACGAACUCGACGCUGACGCUCAAGAUCGACGAUGGCCCCGGCCUGGUCGUCGACAAGUGGGUCAUGCAUGGUGUCGAUGUGCCCGCCAACUACCACAGCUUCAACGCUCUUGGCAGCAUGCCCGCCAACAUUCCACUGUCCAUCCGCGUCUACCGUACCAGCCUGAAGUCGGACAAGCAGUGGUCGUGGCGUGCCGUGUUUGAGGUGGGGCUGGCCGCAGAGAGGGCGAAGCACGACGCCGCCGUGUUCUGGGCCAAGGGCAGCUGCGUGACGUGGGGGUCAGAGGACAGGAUUGUGUACCAGCACAAGGCGUUGGACGAGUUUGUCUUUGACGUCUGUGAUGGGACUGCGAGUGGGGUUUUGCCUAGAAUCUUCCAAACCAAGCUUCGGAGGACUGCUUAG